AUGUCUGUUGCCAACAAUCACAUGGUUCCUCUAUCAGAUAUUGCCGACUGGGUAGACACUCUGUCCUUUGGACUAGUCCAUAGAAUUCGAAAGAAAACACAUCCCACUCAAAAUAGUGUUCAGACAGUGAGUAAUUCUUUAAAGAGCAGCAAGAAACUACAUUCGAGCAAAGACGCUUCAUUGAAGAGAAGGAACACGACAUGUGGCGACCCAUCUCGAAAGCAUAAGGGCUCCAUGGUGAUGGAUCCUCUGUCCAGCUCAGGUAUUAGUGAUACAAUUACCGCCGCGUAUGUUUUCGAUACUUCUCUCUUGGAGAGCGACAGUUGCAACGAAAAUGACGACACUUUUGACAUUGAGAGGGUGACAAAAAAUUUCAGAUCAAUGUCUGCUAGACCCCUUGGCGUUAAAAGGUCACAUACAUUGGAUUCAUCGAGACCUGCAAGAUCUCUGUCUGCACCGCUUUUCACAUCUUCUCAUGACAAGAAACUGACGAAAAAGUCAUCCUUGAUAUUUUCUCAUCAAAAAGCAGUACGUGCAAUAUCUUCACCCCGUGCGAAAACUCCAAAUUCCACCAGGUCUAACUCUGUCGAGUCCAAAGACAGUGAAAGGACAAUCAACUCAAAUACCACUGUUGUUCCAAUAAAGCCUCUGAAAAGGGUCACCAUUGUAGAUACGCCUACUGACUUAAUAACGGGCGACAAUAUUGACUCUGCCGUUUCCCCUACUCCACUGGUUGAACAACCAAAUGAUGGGAUAGUUGAUACAAAAUCCGAGACGUCCUCGGUUUUCUCCGUUGAACCUCGAUUCAGGCUUGUGGUUGAUGAUCACAUCACCGCUUGA